AUUUCAGUACAAACCAAGAUUAGAAAACCUUAAUUCAGAGAGAUACAUGCACUCUAUUGUCGAUUGUGACAUUCAUAGGUGUACAAGUUUAGAGCGAUGAUUAAACGAUUUUCAUGCGUAUAAACGGUAUAAACACGGUCAAUAUGGGCUAGUAAUUUUUUGUUUUCUUCGAUACAAUAUUGCUUUAUGACAAAUAUAGAAUGACACAUUAGAUUAUGUGGCUCUCAGAACCAUUCAAUUUUUAUGCGAAACAUUUUUUGAUAUCAUCAAAAUUUGAGUCGAUUAAAUGGGUCAGCCUGCAGAGAUCAGUGAAUCUGGCAUAUCUGGUAAAAGAUUUCGUAAAAGUUGGGGUCGUAAUCUGGUGAACAUACGACGUCCCCUACGAUGUUGAUAAUCAACAGUUGAUGGAAUUUUUCGCUGAAAAAAUGCGUAUUUCGUUUCUUACUUCACGCUAUGUAAACUAAUUUUGGAGAACAUGUCAAACCAAGAAGUAACGCUGAAAAUAAAUGAAUGUAUACUGUCGAAAUUAUGGUAUACAUCUCUUAUUGUUUAUCAAGAAAAUGCUAAUGAUAAAUCUCUUUCAUCUCAAAGUGACGUUGUAGAUUUUGUUGAAUCCCAGACUUGGUUUAGAAACUUAAUUCAUCUGCAGAGCAAAGAUCACCAUAAAUGGAUUACCCAAAUAUUAUUGCAGAAGCUUGUCGACAAUGUAGAUUUUACAGACAUCGAAGAUAUAAAAAAACAACGUAGUUAUGUAGAAAUGAUACACGCUUUACAAUUAUGCGAAAACAUGACGAUGCAUGUACAACAGGGAUUGUUAUCGAUGUACCAAAGUAGUUCGGAACAAACAAAUUCAGAAAUUUUUGCGAAAAUGCACGAAGAGUGUUUUGCACUUUUACGACAAAAUAUUUAUAACAAUUCGACUAUCGUAUGUUGGAUCAUUAAUGAAUUAUUAUUCGCAUAUUUUAAUAAAUCUACUACUAUUGUUUGCAGUUUACAAGAUUUAUAUUUGUCUCUUGUAAAAGAAAUGUUAGAAUCGAAAUUAAUAAAUGACAAUUCUGUUGGAUGCGUAUUAUGUGUUAUUUCGAAAAUGAACAUACUUGAAUCUAAUACAAUUGAAUUGUCAAGAUCGUAUUUUCCUAUGCUUUUAAAAACAUGUAACAUCCAAGAUAUUGACCUUGUAUUAUAUUCAAAACCGGAGAUAAAGCUUUUUAACGAGUGGUGCAGCUUUCUGAAUGAAAUUUAUGCACAUUCUAAAAUUGUUAACAAUCUGAACGAUGCAUUAAAAAUUCAAGAGGGAUUAUUCAAUUGUAGUUCUAACUCUACGCCAUUUAUAAAUAAGAAUAAUCUUAUAAAAAGGAUAACUAACACAAAACAACACUGGGUUACAGAUAUUUUGGACAUGUGUUAUGUUUUAAUGACGAACGAAAAGUAUGAUAACAUUUCAUCGAUAUUAUCCUAUAAACUGACAAAGACUUUCUGGGCUGCUUUAUUAUUUAAAAUUUUAAACGAUUCAGUUCAGAAUUUCGUAUCUUCUGAUAAAAUCCAAGAAAAUGGAUACUUCAUAUGCGAUUCGAUUAAAUUUCUAAUGUCCAAGUGUGAUUUUAAUAUGUCUUACGAGCGUACGCUACAAGAACUCGACAUCGCAUUAAAGAAAUAUGUUAAAAUUGUGGAAUAUAUCUUGAAUUGGACGAAAGAAAAUUUUACGAGAGAUAAUGACACUGAAAUCGAUGAGACAAUUAAAUCCAUUGGCGCAUUACAACAGAAAAUAUCUAUGAAACAGAUAUUUAAUUUUUUACUAGAUUUUAAUAGUCUUUCGGUAUUGAAAAUGACGACAGACAUACACGAACAAGAGUACGAUAAAAUAGAAAAUUUAUUAGAAGACCUAUGCGAAUCUAAAAAUAUUUUCUACGCAUACUAUAGCAUGCUAAAUGCUCUGAAAGCUAUUUUAUUAUACGAUACUUACACUGUAAAUCAAAACACUAUUACAAGUCAUUUCUCCGAUAUGAAAUGUUAUGUACAAAUUUUGUACCCUCUCAGUUUGCGUCUACAGGUUGUAAAAAAUAUAUUUUCUUUACUUUUCUUGCGAUACGAAGACUUUGAUCAUACUAAAAGAAAUUAUGACAAGAAUAAUACAAGUACUUCGAAUAAUCAAUUAAGAUUCGAGAAGAAACGAGUCGAACAGAGCUUAAAAGGUUUCAUUUGUAAUAAAUAUGCCAUAAAGGAUAUGUUAUUUCAUUUAAAGGAGAUUAUUUCAGUCACAGAAAUUGAAUUCAUGAAAAUGAAAAAUGAAGAUGCUGUAUGUACAGAAGAAGAAGAGCAAAUUCAAAGGGACAUCUCUUCUAUCGAUGCAAUAAUAACAGAUGCUAAAUGGAGAUUAGAAAUUUAUACAAACACACAGUUUACAGAAGAGGAUAAUAUAUCCAAAGUUGCAAAUAAAAAUGUAACUAAACCUAAUGUUCUAUUAGAUGGAAAAUUGAUUUCAAAUCGUUUCAAAGAAAAUAUACUUUUUUACCAAGAGGGUAACACUUUGGAUGAAACGAAAGUUAGAUCUGAUAGUAGCUCUGAAUCAGAAUUAGUACAUAAUAACACUAAGUGGCAAAAGCAUCCUAAGAAUAUAACAUUUACAGCGAAUACCACAGCAACCAAAGAUGUCAUAUAUAAACCAUUGUUUGUUAACUUUAUGUUAGCAACUAAAGAAAGCCUAGUUAUACAAUGUUUGUGGAAAAAUGAUUAUACAACAGCACAGGAUAUUAUCGAGAAAUCUCGCAUAAAGGAUUCUCACCUAAAUGGAGAAAUGCAAUUUUCAAAAGCGCUACACGCGUUCAGAGAAAACAUUUAUAAACAAACAAGUACAUUAAAAGAUAAAAAUCAAUCGAAAGAAAAUGCACAAUUUUCUACAUUGGAGAAUAUCAGAUUAAUUGCACAGAAAGGUGUACACUCUUCUAAACAAACCAGCCAGCUUGAAACAUUUUUGGCAUCUCAAGAAAUUAAUUUGCGAAUGUUGAACACAGACAUUGUUAGUGGCAAUGAAAUGUUAACGAUAUGUGUAUUGGAUCUGGCUUUAACUAUGAGCCAAAUUUACUCCAGCUCGAAUCAGUUUUUCGAAGUUGCAAUGAAGUAUUUGAAAUUGUGCAAAACGUUUGACAAUACUGAAUAUGCACAUUUCUUUUCCAAGAUAUAUCAAUUGUUACAUGAAACAAAAGAGAAGCUCUCGGUAGAAAAUAUACUUUGCGACGCAAAGAUUUCAUUGACCAUAAACGAAUAUAAAGAGAAAGAUGACUUUUGGAACGAUAUUGUGAUUAAAUACCACGAAUUUAAAGAGACACAGGCAGAUAAAAAUACAAUCAAUAAAAUAUUGAAGCACAGUAAUUAUUUACCGGGUUUAAAAAUAAUUGGUAAAAUGGCUGUUAUUUCCAAUGGAACGGAGAAAUAUAUGCAAAAUAUCUUCUCCCAUUUGCAACUUCUGCAUACAAUUAUUCCAACCGAUCAAUCGAUACUUACGGUUUCUGAUUUGUUAAAAAUUUCAUUACCUUAUUACUUUGGUUACCAAUUAUUUGAACUUAAAAUUGAGCCAAAUAAGCUUGAAUCAGUUGCACACAAUUUGCAGUUUAAUUUAGUAUACAGCAUUCUUACAAAUGCUUGUCCUAAACUGUUUUAUGAGAAAAGUAUGAAGUACACUAUCGAUAAUAAAGAAAAUGGUUGCAUCAUUUUAAAUAAAGCAUCAUAUGAAUCGGAUUUAAAUUAUAAAGUGGAAGGACCAAAUCGAUGCGUUUCAGAGAUAUUAACGGAAUUGCUGGAAAUUUUACAGAAUUUAAAUUUGGAUCAAUUUUAUUUGAGCCAUGACAUUUGCAAAACUAUUUCCAAACGUUCUGAUAUUCAAGAUGUAUUGAGUAAAACGACUCGUCUCAUAAAUCUAGAUUUGAGCGAAUUAUCUAUGGGCAAUGAAACAUUAACUUUUCUUCUGAACACGUGGAACCUCAUGUUUUUACAUACUACUUUGACUAUCUGGGCACAUCACCCUCCUUUUAAUAAUCUACAACAUGCAAUCUCAUUGAUGUCGAUUGGUUAUUUGAUCGGCGAUUUAGGUCUAGUAACGCUUGCUGCGCUUAGAUCAAAAUUGCUAAAUAAUAUUAUGCUAAACGAUAAAUUCUUCCUCCAACUCGAAGAACUCAAUGAACCUGUAUGGCAAGAUUUAGAUAUUACCCAUGACCCAAGAGUGAUCUUUAUGAUGGCUAAUGAAUUACAUGGAACACCUUGUGUUCGAGUCUGUAAUGCGGAAUCGUUGAACGAAGAUCUGAGCAAUGCUUUUCACGAAUAUCUUGAUCAUUAUUCAUCGAAUCAUGAAAAACCUUUGGAAAACACAGAAAAUCAAAAAAUAAUUUUUUUACCCGAUAUCACGAAACAAUAUCAAAAUUUCGUAUCUCAAAAAUACAACUGUAAUUCAAACGACAUCGAUAACGGCGAUAAUAUAUUCUCAGUAGAUGAUUACUUUAAGCUCUCUAAAAGAGACAUAGUUAUACAAUAUACUGCGCCUUUCUAUUUGUACGAUAUAAUAUUGAAGUAUACAAAUUGUUCGAACGUAUGUCGUAAAAAGCAGAUCAAUCAACAGAACGAUGUAUGGGAAACUCGUAUUUUAAGAUCGAGUUUGUUGCAAUACUUGGAAGGACAUUGUUGGGUUGUUUCUUAUCUUUUACAAAGAAUAUACAACGAGAAUCCAACUAUUUUAGAAAAUAACUGUGAUAAUCUGAAACGUACUGCUUGUCUCGAAAAUCUUUUAAGUUCGUCAUGGAUCAUCGAAAUGAAAUCGUUGUUUGAAAAUAAUCAAACUCUCGCGGCUAUACUCGAAACGAUACCGAUACAAAAAAUGUGGUUUCAUUUUGAAAGCGCGUUGGAAGAAAAUGAAUGGUAUAAUUGCUUGAAGCUAAUAAAUGCCUUGCCAGAUAAUCUGAUCAAAAGUACAGAACUUGAAUGUUUUAAAGACAAAGUCCUCAGUUACAUAGUUUCGAAGGAAGAUAUUGAAUUGGACGAAGAGAUAUUGCAAUACGUGUAUCAAAUUAAAGAUGUGUAUGUUUUGUGUCAAACAGUACUAUAUAAUAUCAAUAAAUGGCAUAUAAAUGUUUGUGAAAAUGCUUUACUUUACGCAGUACAUCAUGCUGACAGGCACAAAUUACCUACGCAUUGUAGAUCACAGUUAAAUGAGAUCCUACACAGGGUAUUUGUUUUUCAUAAAAUGUUUCCGUAUUGCGUGAUGAAAUCCAAUGGUAAUUGGUACGACGUUGCUUACUGCACAGAAAAAGUUGAUGCAUUUGAAAUUAUCAAGAUAUUAAUAAACGCAGAUAAAUUUGAACUAUGUUUAGAGUGGUUAGAGUGUCAAGCAUUCUCUUUAGAAAUACACCCCUCUGUGAUGCAAGAUUUCUUGAUGGGUCUUUUAAAAAAUGAAUCUCCAAACUUUAAACAGACGUUAAAGUUUCUUCAUGCAUUACCUUUGAAUCAAUCGGUCAAACUAUGCAAAACUGUGUUAAAAGAAUUAGAGUCUAUCGACUCUCUUCAAUUUAUUUGUAAUUAUUUGUUAGAGUAUUGUAAAGCAACAGAAACCAUAAAAUACAGAAGAACCUUAAUAGGGAUCGAUAUUUUACACAUGUUAAAGUCUCAAGAAAGAUCAUUAUACAUUCACCUUAUAAAAGAACCAUUGUUAAUGUUAGAACAGUUGUUGAUGAAUUGUAAAUUUGAAAGUAUCCAAAAAAUAUUGAACAGAAUCCAAGAUAAAUUGCAACAGGUGGAUAUUUCAAGAAGUAGCUUUGACGAAAUAAUAAAAUUCUAUGCUCAAAAGUCGUUGGAUUGUCGUGUAUCUUUACAAUGCGAUACCAUUGAAACCAAAUCAAAGAACGUACAACAUUCCGUCUCAAAAACAGAAAAUAUUAAAUUUGUAAUGCCUAUUCUAGUUCCCACUAAAGAAGAAUGGAUACCUAAUGAUAAGGCCACAGAGUGCAGUUGUUGCAAAAUCGUUAUAUUUUCGAUGUUUAACAGACGACACCAUUGUCGUAGAUGUGGUCGUGUUAUCUGUGCCCAAUGUUCUCAACAUCGCAUGCACGUGUCUGGAUAUCCGCCUUCUGUACUUGUACGUGUGUGCAAUGAUUGCAAACAACAGACAGUGUUACAAAUGCAAGUCCAUCACGGAGCACAGUCUACAUCGAGCAGCGAAAUGUUUGAUUACUGGCAAUUAACGAAAGAUCAAAAGCAUAAUCAAACUAUCAGAGAAGAAUUUUCGUUCGAGUAUGCACCAAACAUUUCUCUGUGCUUGGCUAUCCUUAACUUGUACUCUGACCAUAAAACAUACACUAGCUUUUUAUUAGAUCGUUGCGACGAGAUAAAACAUCUCUUACAACCUGUAAGCGGGGGAAAAGUAAAUCCAGAGGUAGACCAUACUGUAAUAAUUAAAAUGAUACGUUCUCUGUUAAUUGCCGCAAAAGUGAAAUGUGCAAAACUUGGUCUUAGUACUGGAUUAGCACACUGUGAUCGUUUUUUGUCGCAAGUAGAUCUUAUUGCUAGUUUUAUCCAGUCCGAUUGUUUGUACCUUGUGCCCUCUGACGAUUUGAAAGAACGUACCUUGAGACAGUUUAGGGAUCUUCUAAUUGAAAAAGAACAAUGGAUUCUUGCCCUAGACGUAAGUACUAAAGCAGGAUUGGAUACACAAGGUGUUUGGGUAACUUGGGGCAAAGCAUGUUUGAAAAUGGGAUACUUUGAUCAAGCACGAGACAAAUUUUCCCAUUGCCUUGACAAAAUUCAGUUCGACGACAUCGACGAUUGGGUACUAUUAUCAUAUUCCAAAGACUCGACUACGUCGGACAAAAGAGAAAAUCGAAAAUUUACAAGGGAGAAUAAAAUCGACGAGGAUAAUGAAUUUACAAUGGACGAACUAUGCAUAAGAAGAGAAUUUUCAAAAAGUCGCCCGUUAAAAGAUCCACCAUUGCUUUCAGAGAUUUUACAAAUGUUGAAUAACUUGAGCACGUACAAACAACAUGUACAACAUUUCCAUCAAUAUAAGUCUAUGGCUUUACAAGAUGUAUUGAAUAAUUUUGGAAAUCUGAAAAUGGCGAAUCAAAGGCAAUUAAUCGUUAAAAAUGCAUCUUCGGUCAUGCAAAACGUUUACUACUACGAAAGUCUUUAUUAUUUAUUAACUUAUGGAAGCUAUAAUUCGAUUUUAGAAUUCUUUCUGAAACACGAACAAUUUGACGAAUGCCUUACUUUCACUUUAGAGAAUGAUUUAGAACCCGAUUUAUUCUUCAAUGCGAUCUAUUUAUAUUGUUUGAAAAACGGAACUACUGGGAAACUUCACGAGGCUAUGAAAAACAGGGAUCAAAAUUUACUAAUUUGGAAAAAGUAUUUGAUAUGCGUGUGUCACAGUCUGGAAAGGAGACAAUACUUAAACAUUCUGUAUCAGUUGCAAUUAUUUAUGAAAGACUCUAUUCGAGCUGCAAUGACAUGUAUUCGUUUUUACUGCAACGAAGUAAGCAAUUAUACAGAUUUCUGUAUCAGAGAGAGUUUCUUACACGAUGCCCAAAAGCACUUGGAAUCUGAAUUGCAAAUCGAAACGUUGAAUCGGAAAAGAAAAAAGAGCACAAGUUCUAUGCAUAGCAAUCAAGGAAUUCUAACAAUGGAAAUGGAACCUUUGGAAAUAGAUAGACACAUUAACACGAUCUGUAGACAAAUGGAAAUUGCAAAGUAUUUAGCAACUUGUGAAAAAGAAGGAAGGUCUCCCACUCAGUUUUUUAAUUUAUUUCCAGGCAAGGAUUGUGAUAAUGGUCACACGUUAGAAUUGCCAACUUUAUUUGGCAAUCAACAGCAGAAAAUUGAUUUAACUGUACUAACCAUACUCUGCGGACAUAAUGUCGAAGAAGGAUUCGGAAUAGCGUUUAGAAUAAUGCAAGAUUAUAAUCUACCGCAGCAAAAAGUGUAUUCAUUAACUGGUCAUAUCUUGACACUUGGGAACAACAUUUCUGCAAUAGAGCAAUUAAUUAAAUGCUGUCAUACAUCUGGUAUCCAAAAUUCGUAUAUCAUAUCGGAUUAUGUUUUGACGCAUUGUGUGAAAUUGUUGUUGAAUAAUUUGCACAGUAAACCAGAAUCGAAUUUAAAAAAUGAUGUCCAGAACCUCGUCAGAUUAAUAACCGACAUAGAACUAAAAAUAAAUGCAUAUAUUGAAUGCAAGCAUCUGAAAGCUGCGUACCUAUUAGCUGUUAAGCAUUCACGAGCACAAGAUAUAAGAAAAAUUUUAAAAGAAUCCGAUAGGCUCGGUCAAAAUGCAAUUAAAGCAAUAUGUAUAAAAUGGCUUCAACAAGAACCAAAGUCAUAAUUUUAAGAUGUAUUAUAGAAGUAUGUUAGAGGCAAUAAGUUCCUCCGUUUUUAUUCAUUACUAU